GCUGCAGCGGCCCAGUCGGUGGUUUAAGAGGGACUCGUCGCCUCUGCAGGGCAGAUAAACCAGCCACUGUCUGAGGCUGUUUUCAGCACCGGGAGCUGUCCGUGGUUUUGAAUCCUGCUGAGAUGAGGGGCGUCCUGGGCGCCUAAAUUCCCACCAGGAGGGAAAUUAUUUGGCUGUGAGGUCUAAACGCAGCUGUCGGGGAGAGCAAGGAAAAAGUGGCCUUUUCAGCAUGCUCCCUGCUCAGGAAGCGGCCAAGAUCUACCACACCAACUACGUGCGCAACGCCCGGGCCAUGGGCGUCAUGUGGCAGGUGUUCACCAUCACCUUCGCGGUCAUCACCGUGGUGGUGUUCAUCCAGCCCUACUGGAUCGGGGACAGCGUGAACACGCCGCAGGCCGGCUACUUCGGCCUCUUCCAUUACUGCAUCGGGAACGCGCUCACCUCGGAGCUCACCUGCAAAGGGAGCGCGCUGGACUUUGGCUCCAUCCCGUCCGGGGCCUUCAAGACGGCCAUGUUCUUCGUGGGGAUCUCCAUGCUGCUGAUCGUGGGGAGCAUCGUCUGCUUCAGCCUCUUCUUCUUCUGCAACGCUGGGAGCGUCUACAAGAUCUGCGCCUGGAUGCAGCUGGCCUCCAGUACGUGCAUGGUGAUCGGCUGCAUGAUCUAUCCCGAUGGCUGGGACUCGGAGGAAGUGAAGCGCAUGUGUGGCCAGCGGACUGACAAAUACACCCUGGGUAACUGCACAGUGCGCUGGGCCUACAUCCUGGCCAUCAUCAGCAUCAUGGAUUCCCUCAUCCUCUCCUUCCUGGCCUUCAGCCUGGGCAGCCGGCAGGACAAGCUGCUGCCCACGGACUUCCAGGUGGAGGGAAAGGAUAAUGCAUAAAUCCCUGAUGGACGACAGCAGGCGGAGAAGCAACUAACUAACUCCAGGGGCUCACAGGAGUCAUUCUUGGUGUAAACUCUGUGCGUCCUUCCAAAAAAAAAAAACAACUGCUGGAGUUGAGAUGGAGUUCCAGUUACCUCUGGCUUCAGUACAGCCUUGCUUUUAUGACAUGGACUCUACUUUAUGGGGCUUCCAGUUCAAAUUUUAUUUAUAUAGCACCGGUUUAUAAUUUUACAUGCGCUGGUGGGACCACUCAACACUUUCUGUGACAGUGGAGACUUCCAGUUAAGGUCAAAAUGAUUCCUAUCUUUGGUAUAUUUAGACUAAUUUAUUUUCAUUCAUGCACAUACUUUUUAAGCUGUUCAGCAAAUAUUUACUGGCAUCACACCAAUCAAACCCUUGUUAUUUAAUUACUGACAAGCAU